UUCUCCAUCCAUGACAAAAUGGUGUUUCGUAAUUUUUCUUUCGGUGCUUUCUUCACGGUGAUAAAUUAGUGUGAAGUUCUUCUGAUUUUGAACAUUUUCAAAUAUCACAACAAUUUAGAUCCAAACUGAAUGUAGCGAGUAUGGAGUGAUUUGUUUGAAUGAUAAUAACGUAAACAAAUGCCGUAAUGGUUAUGAUUUUUGGUAUCUCCUAGCAAUACGAAAUAAGAGAUUAUACGAUGGGAGAAUUUAAAUGUCCUUUGUGCUGUGAUAAAACCUUCGGUUCUAAGUUAUCACUUAUACAACACUUAUCAGAAAUGCUUUCAAACGUAAGUUGUCCCAUAUGUAAAAACAAAUGGUCUUCCGUAACUCAUUUAAUAGAGCAUCUCACUCUGGAUAAUUGCCAGUCUGAUAACACAACUCAGACUUAUAAUGUCCAAACUUUAGAAGGAAAUCAAGAUAUAACUGCUGAUAAUAAACCUUAUAUUUCCAAUAAUCAAAUUAUAGAAAAUGUAAAUAGUCAAGAAACAGACCUGUCUUCCCAAAUCAAUAAUGAAGAGGUAAAUGAGACCAUAGAUAUAAACAAUGUUAACAAAAUGUAUACAGUAUUGCUUGAUAAGAAUACUAUGAAGACAUGCCUCCAGACUCAAGAAUUGAAGUUUGUGGAGGAAAAUGGACAGAGUCGUUUUGUGUUUAUGGAAGAAAUGGACUCUGAUUUGGACUCCGGAAAUACUGUCGUCACUAAACAAAAUAAUGAUGGAACCAUAUCAUUGACUACUGUUAAAGAUUUAAAAAUAGAUGCAGAAUCAAUGUUAAAUUCAGCAGAAAAUGAGUUAGAAGAAAAUCAAGAAGUGUACAGUUGUAACUCAUGUGGCGUUUCAUUCUCAUCAGUCAUUGAACAUAUACAGAACUAUCACAAUGAUCAAGAGGUGGUAGUCGAGGAACCUGCAGAGGAAGGAGAAACAGAAUUACCAAUAGAAUAUGAUCCCAUGAUGACAGAGGGUAGCAUAAACGACACAAAGUUCACACCACGACGUAUGAUCACAGAAACAGGUGAUAUUGUUGAAGCUCCAGCCACUAUGAAACCUAUUGAAACAUCAGAUAAAAAUAAUGCAGAGAAACCUGCCCGUGGUCCAACAAGGCGGUAUGUUCAAAUAGACAAGUUUUGUGACAGUCACAUCAAAGACAUCAACCCCAGCAAGGAUAAAGAUGAACCUUUUCACAGAGCUAUAGUAAAGGAAAUGGAAACAACAGACGGACAGAAAGUAAAGAUGUUUCAAUGUAUAGUAUGUAAUAUUUACGUCUCAUCUCUUACUGAUAUGAAGAGUCAACCUUGUAAAGCAUUGAAAUACUCGUGUCCACAUUGUCCAGUAGCAUAUGAAAACUCAAAGUCACUGUGCGCACAUAUGAAAGUACACAAAGCAUCAAAAGAUGUAUCUGUUUCAGUGGAGCCCACAUAUAACUGUGAGAUUUGCUGCACGACCUUCCAAACGAAUAAAUCGUUGAAGUUGCACAAACGAAUGCAUGAUCCAGUCAAAACUCGUCCUAUAGAUCCGCCUGUGAGAUCAAUAGAUGGCACCACAGACGCAGUGACAAAUGACGCGCGUUACCUCUGCAACGUUUGCAACAAAAUGAUACCCGUCGACUACCGCACUAUACACCAACACUCGCACAAGACUAGUAAUAAGAUGAACUGUACUAUAUGCAACAAGAAGUUCCAGUCGGCUGAGUAUUUGGAUAUGCAUAUGAAGGCGCAUAAUAUGAAUAAGAUUCCUGAGAACAAAACAGACAGAGAACUCCCUUACAGCUGUGUGUACUGCCCGCGACAAUUCUCGAGACCGCACGAAAAAGUCAAGCACGAGAGGAUUCACACGGGUGAAAAGCCCCACAGCUGCGAGAUAUGUGGCAAGAGUUUCCGAGUGUCGUACUGCCUCACGCUGCACAUGCGCACUCACACCGGCGCCCGGCCCUACGCCUGUCCGCACUGCGGGAAGCGGUUUAAAGCACACAGCGUGUACAACCAUCACCUUUUGACGCACUCUGAGAAGCGAGCGUACAAAUGUCCGAUGUGCCCCAAAGCGUUCAAAACCUCCGUACAACUAGCCGGACACAAGAAAUGCCACACCAAACCGUUCUCCUGUCAACAUUGUAACAGGCCCUUCGCAUCACUAUACGCGGUCCGAGUGCACAUGGAGACGCACUCGCGUCAAAACAACUUGAAAUUUACGUGUCCACUAUGCGGCGCGCGGUACGCAAGAGCUUUUGCUUUGAAGGACCAUGUGAAACAGGCGCAUCAGUUGGACGGUGACUCCAUAGACAAAGUGGGCCCUAAUGGCGAAAAAGACUGGAGUAUAAUUCUCGGUGAUGGUGAACCUGAGCCUAUCAAAACGGAAAUCAUCAAGUCCACUUUAGAAGAGGUGACGACAUCGAAAGACAAUUCAUCCAAUUCAUUGAUUACAAUCCUGGAUAUAAACGAUGGAGAGAUGAUAGUACCGUGAAUUCACGGUGAUAUUGUAAAUAUAGGAAAUAAUGUGUACAUUAUAUAAUAUUGUGUAGAUACAUAACUGUGUUUUCUAUUAUACAAAUCAAACAAAGCAGGAAAUACUUUUCACUUGUGACAAUAUAUCUUUUCAUUUUCUAAUUGUAAGGAGAAAACUCUUGAUCAUAAUUAUAAAUUUUAUGUAUCUAUUUCUCAUCUCUAAUGUGAUGUAAUUACCUGACUUUUCCAAUCUUGGGUCGUGGUCGUGAUCGGACCUCGUGAAGGUCCAUCCUUGAGAAGGUCAGUAAACUGAUGUGGAUGUUUAUGUGCGAGUCACUCUUCAUGGUUUUGUAAUUAAAAUAAUUGUAUAAAACUGUUCCCCUUCAUUUCCCAAGGAAAGAAUAAAUACAAACUGAAUUUCAGAUUUUGAGACGUUUUUUAUGU